AGGAGAUUGCAUUUUCGCAAUGGAGUGACUAAGCUGAAGAGGGGGGAGUUGACAAUUAAUCCCUCAAACAGAGGGGAAGAACAAAUGCCGUACAAUAGAGGGAGUGCGUUUACAAUUACAUGUUCUUUGAACGGUGUGAAACUGGCACACAUGUCAGCCAACGAUUUAUGGGAGUGAUCUCUCACACGUGUGCAACGAUUAAUCUCUCCUCUCCUCUCCUCCAUCGCGCGCGCACCCUCAGUCGAGAGCAUUACUCAUCGCCAUCUCUACAUCUGACAGUGACAGAGAUGUCUCGGAAGCGAGUGCUGGUCGUGGGAGGCAGCGGCUACUUGGGCCAGCACCUGCUGCAGGCAUUUGCAGCCGUAGAUCAGAAACCCUACGAUCUGGCAUUCACCUACCAUUCAAGUCCUCCCCAAACGCUCUUAAAUGCGAUUUCUCCAGCGCUCUCCUUCCACGUAGAUCUCCAAACGGGCCAUGGAUUCGAUUCCAUCUCCAACACAUUCGGUCAGCCUCACAUCGUUGUUAACUGUGUGGCCCUCUCCAUCCCUCGUGUCUGUGAAGUGGACCCCACAGCUGCUAUGGCUAUCAAUGUACCUUCUUCUCUUCUAAAAUGGUUGUCAAGCUUUGGCGAUUGUGAUACGCUUCUAAUUCAUCUCUCAACUGAUCAAGUUUAUGAAGGGGUAAAAUCCUUUUACAAGGAAGAGGACGAAGUGGUUCCUGUAAAUAUGUAUGGGAAAUCAAAAUUGGCAGCUGAGCAGUUUGUUUCAUCAAACUGGCCAAACUAUGCAAUUUUGAGAAGUAGUAUCAUCUAUGGGCCGCAGACCAUUUCGCCUGUUGCAAAGUCUCUUCCAAUCCAGUGGAUGGAUGGUGUCCUAUCUCGAGGUGAUAAAGUUGAUUUCUUCCACGACGAGUUUCGUUGUCCAGUUUAUGUCAAGGAUGUGGUGAAUGUCAUACUAGCUCUGACUAAGAUGUGGAUUUCAGAUUGUAAGCAAAUGCAGCUGCUUUUAAAUGUUGGUGGACCAGAUAGAGUGUCACGUGUGCAAAUGGCUGAGGCUGUUGCAGAAUUUAGAGGAUACAGUACAUCUCUAAUCAAACCCGUGUCCGCAUCAUCGGUUAAUCGUGGUGUCAUCUCCCCGGCUGACAUAUCGAUGAAUAUCGGCAGAUUGAUCCAAGUACUUGGUAUAAACCCGAUUCGAUUCAAAGACGGCGUGAGACUUACGCUCGGAACCGAUGGCAGUUCUUAAUGUAUUCGAAGGGAAUCAUAAAAUGUCAGUUUUCUCCCACUCAUUUAGUUCUAGAUGAAUUUUAAGGACCCUCUCAUCAGCAAAAGUAAAAUCUGCUGACACGCAGGAUUCUGUCCAUGUGGGGCUGAUGGUUCGCGAUCAUGGCCGUUAAUCUUAAGAACCCCAGUCUAUGGGGUUUCCCCUGCAAAUCUUUCAGAUUGGAAGUACCCAACCCUUUGGACUCCUUUCCGUCGAGUGUUUCCUCACGGUUGCAUUUUGUCAUAACCCUCUGCUUGUUGGCCACAGAUAGAAGGUUAAAAUCUUCCACUCAAGGAGAUUUUUGAGGUAUCCCUCUCCCACAUUAGUGUCCACUCGCCGGCCCAUGGCUCCACAUGCACAGAAUACAUGUUUCUGCAGAAUGUAUGCUUGUUGAAGGCAUGAUCCUACAAUUCCCAUUCUCCAUGCCUUCUUGUUGUGUUUGUACGAUUGAGAUUAUAAGACAAUUCAUACUAUUAAUACAUGGGAAAACCAUGAGUUUGUUCCA